AUGCCGUCCAUGAAGAAAGCAGUAGAGGCGGAUGCAGCCAGGGCGAACGACGAAGAUAAGGGAAGACAAAGAAAGACUAAACAGUCGGGGUCCCCGAAGGUAGCGGCAGGGUCCCCGAAGGUAGCGGCAGGGUCCCCGAAGGUAGCGGCAGGGUCCCCGAAGGUAACGGCAGGGUCCCCGGAAGUAACGGCAGGGUCCCCGGAAGUAACGGCAGGGUCCCCGGAAGUAGCGGCAAACCAGAUUGUUGAAUUUAAGAAGUUAUGCUAUGACGUUCGCGCAUCUUCCGUAUAUAAUGAACAGGACGUUGUGCACGCCCUGAAGGAAGCUGCGGCUGAACUAAUUGGCAAUGCCAAAGAAAGCGGUACCUACUUUGUCCGAGAGUCUUAUAGACUUUCCAACUACAUGAUCGUCUUUGGCUGGAUCGCAAUCGCUAGCGGGCUCUACUGCUUUAGAUUGCAGUAUAAUAAAGAGAAUAAAAAGACCAUCGCCCUUACAGCAGCCCUCUACUGGGUGGUCGCAGUGUCGUUCUUUAUCAUCGACUUUGCAUGUACUGAUAAAUUGGUCUCAGCAUUCAGACUCAGCAAGAAAAAAACUGACUACAAAUCGAAUGCCAUAUAUCUUCAUUAUGAACCAGAACAGGCGAUGGUUCGCUGGGUCACAACGAACCAGUUCUCUUAUAUUUCCUCCCUAAAGGGAGGUAUAACCCGUUGUUUCCGUUUGAAAUCCGUUCCUUAUAUUCGUGGGCUCCUAUACGUCCUUGAGAAAAUACAACCUCAUUCCGCAGCCAAAUUCAACGUUGGAAAGCGCAGACAACAAGCGAUCGAGUUACCCAAGGGCAUGGAUCCAGUGGACAUCAGUAAGUCUGUCAUUUCAGUUCUCGAAAGUGGCGUUGUUCCGAUCAACAAGAAAACGGACGACAAGGAACAAGUCGGAAUUCUGCUGGAACGGGACGUGACCCAUUACUUUGAUGAUCAAGGGUAG